AUGGCCAUGCUGCUGAAACAUCAGGACUUUAAGUUCUUCCUGGAACUUUUUCACCACAUCAUGCCACUUGUGGACCUCCUCUAUGCCAAGCUCCAGAAGAAGAACAUAGAUGCAGUCCACAUCAAAAGGAGCAUCCAGCAGUUCGCAGGACAUACAAAACAUCAGAUCUGCAACACCAUUCUGAGACACACCAGGGAGCGCUUCAACUUCACCGACCAUCUUGUCUGUGCCACCUUGUUGCAGGGGGACAAGUUUGAGGAACAUCACGGGUCAUUUCCCGAAGAGGUGCUGCAAAGCACUUUGAAGGCCUACCCAAUGCUGAAUGGAAGCAAGCUCAAGACAGAGCUCAGUCUCAUCUACAGCAAAGCAGAGUUCAGAGCCUGUUGUGGUGCAGUGGACCUGUUCCAGCUGUUCAUGGAGAACAAUCUUAAAGAUGUUUUUUCAGAAACGGUCACUCUUUUAAAGAUCCUUAUUACCACACCUAUGACCACAGCUGAAGCAGAGAGUGCCAGCGUGUCUUCGGCGAUGGCUCGUCUCUUCUUCACUCCUCCACACGGUCUCCGCCUCCAUUUUAACAUCCCUCAUUCAGUCGACUGCGAACGCGUCCAAAGCCUCUUCCUCAUCACCAUCACCCUCCCUUGUCCUGCUCCAGUGCCGCGGUGUGGCAUUGUGCCCCGCGAGUCCUCCUUGUGCACGUCCACACUGUCCAGUCGCUUUGGUGUCUGGCCGCCCUCAUUGCUGGGGUCCGAGUGCGUCGUAGCCGGCUGUGGGUCUGGGCCUGUAAACCGCUACUCGUCAAGAGUGCGCGCUCAGUGUUGGCUGUGGAAAUGCUGA